AUGUCUCCGGCCCGGCUCCGGCCCCGACUCCGGCUCUCGCUGCUACUGCUGCUGCUUUCUGUCACCCCUGACCCACCACUGAUUCUGCUCACUGCCUUUGACUCCUCCAUCAAUCUCACUGGGCACUGCCCCUACACCUCUGACCUUGCAUGUGGACUGGAACCCAAGCACUCAGCUGCAGCCAAGACUGGCGGCUGUUUCCCGGCAGGAGCCAGGGUUCGCCUGGAAAAUGGGGCUCGAGUGGCCCUUUCUGCCUUGCAGCCAGGGGAUCGGGUGUUGGCCAUGGGGGAGGAUGGGAGCCCAACCUUCAGUGAUGUGCUCAUCUUCCUGGAUCGAGAGCCAGCCAUUCAGAGGGCCUUCCAUGUCAUAGAGACCCUGGACCCACCCCGGAGCCUGACACUCACCCCAGCACACCUGCUGUUCACUGCAGAUAACCACACAGAGCCUGCCACUGGCUUUCGGGCUACCUUUGCCAGUCAGGUGCAGCCUGGCCAGUAUGUGCUGGUGGCAGGAGUUCCAGGGCUGCAGCCUGCCAGGGUGGCAGCUGUUUCCACCCGAACGGCCCCAGGGGCCUAUGCCCCUCUCACCAAGCACGGGACCCUGGUGGUCGAGGAUGUGGUGGCCUCCUGCUUCGCCACCGUGGCUGAGCAGCGCCUGGCUCAGCUGGCUUUCUGGCCCCUUCGUCUCUACCAUAGUCUGUCAUGGGGCAGCAGGACCCCAGGAGAGGGUGUCCAUUGGUACCCUCAGCUGCUGUACCGCCUGGGGCGCCUCCUGCUGGAUGAAGACAGUUUCCAUCCCCUGGGGAUGGCAGGGAUGGGCAGCUGAACCGUUUCCCAUCCCCAUUCACAGCCUCCCCCACCUCAAAUCCCUCUGUCCCCCUAGCCAGGAGGACUCUAAUCCUGGUAGAUGGCAUGGAACAUGGGGAGGAGGGGAGCCGGGAGAACUGCUUGUCACCAGGGAGGCACCUACAGCCAAGUGAUUCAAAGUUCUCCGUCAAGCUGUCACGAAGACACUGAAUGUGAGCUGUCAGGUGCCCGGCUUUUAUCCACAGAACAAAAACAGCCACCAGGAACCCUCUAGAGACCUUGAAAGCUGGCUCGUUGCUCUCAUCAUUGCUCCCAAUCAAUAAGCAACACCUCCCCACUUCCCUGACUCUAAGAGGCCUCCUGUUUCUGAUCCCAGGUCUGAGUUCGCCCAUGGGGUAAGGUGCGCCUUCCUUGAUGCUGCUAGAUUUCCCAAAGGCAGAGUGAAGGAGAAGAGAAGUUCCUGGGAGUAUGGGGAGAGGAGAAACUCCGAAGGUCUUCACUCGGCCACUUCUCAUCUACACACUCCCAGAGAGGCCCCAAAGACUGAUUAUUGGUGGAUAGAGUUCUUGGUAGCCAGCGGAACCCUGUGAUCUAGCCAAUAGAAUGGGGGCCUCCAAGCCACUCCCCUUGAGGGACUGAGGGGACCCAAAGAAGGAGAGGAACACUCGGGAGCCCCAGAAAGCCUAUACGUUGGGGUGUGGUUCAGUCUUUCAACCCAGCCGCAACCCUUCAGGACUGCGUGGAGGGGGAAGAAGGUUCCCCACAGUAUGAGAUGGGGAUGAGGAGCACUGGCUUCCGGACUACGCACGAUUCCCUCCCCAUCUAGAUCUCCCCCCACUCUCCCCCUCCUCCAGUCGUGUCCCCCCCUUCUUAUUUAUUGGCGUGGAGGGGGAGGUCCGUGGGGGCGGUUUGGAAGCAUUUUUGUCUUCUUUCUUUUGUAAUAAACGUUAUUUAAGGUGUCACAACCGUGGGGCAGGGUCGUUGUAAUGAGAGCAAUAAAUGAUUCACCCGCAAGGUGGGCAGCU